AUGGCUGGCUCUGUGUUCAAGGUGGCCUUCGCGGCUCUCCUUCUGUUCCAAUCAUGGACAGCAGCAUACGUCAAGAGGCAGAAAGAGGACCAAUGGGUUGACAUCUGGGGAACCAUGCCCCAGCUCGUCGAGCCGGCCAACCUGCCUCCUGCACCAUAUGCAAGUAUUUUCCGUGUCCUCCGGAGACACUUUGCCGCUCGGAAUGCCACGGGCGUAGUCUUCCAGGAUGCCACGCUCCGCCAGACAAUCUUCCUCACACAGUCGGCCCCUAAAAUCCGCCUCGUCAUCUCGAACGCCUUUGGCGGCUCAGACCUGCCCAUCACAGCAGCCACCAUCGCGGUGCCCCUGAACGGCUCGGCCGGGACCGCUGCCAUCAAGCCUGAGACCCUGGUGCCGCUCACCUUCUCCGGCGGCCUGCCCAACUUCACCAUCCCCAAUGGGGCGCGUGUGAUCUCAGAUCCGAUCGACUACCCGGUGACGGCCCAGCAGAUCCUGACCAUCUCCCUGUACCUCUCGGCAGGGCAGACAACCAACAGCAUCACGGGCCACCCGGGCAGCAGGACGACCUCCUUCUACGCGCAGGGCAACCAGACCGGCACGGCGGACCUCUCAACCGACCCGGCCACCCAGAGCAGCGCGCACUGGUACUUCAUCUCGGCGGUGGAGGGCUACCUCCCCACGUCAUCCAGCUCCGGUGCCCUCGCCAUCGUGGGCGACAGCAUCACCGACGGCCGGGGCAGCACGACGGACCGCAACGACCGGUGGCCCGACGACCUGGUGCGGCGGCUGCAGGCCGCCAACGCGACGUCCCUGCAGCGCGGGCUCGCCGUCGUCAACCAGGCCGCGGGCGGCAACCGCGUGCUCGCCGACGGGCUGGGCCCCAACGCGCUGGGGCGGAUCGACAGGGACGUGCUCGCGCACUCGGGCGUGCGCUACGUGCUGCUGUUCGAGGGCGUCAACGACAUCGGCACCGCGGCCGCGACCGCCGCGGCGCAGGGGGCCAUCGGCGACAGGCUUCUUGCGGCGUACGCGCAGGUCAUCGGCCUGGCUCGCGCAAAGGGGCUGGCUGUCUUUGGGGCGACCAUCACGCCUUUCAGCGGGAACAGCUCGGUGCAGGCGUACAGCGACCCGGCGAGGGAGGUGACGCGGCAGAGGGUGAACGAGUGGAUUCGGACUUCGGGCCGGUUCGAUGCGGUGGUCGACUUCGAUGCUGCUGUGAGGGACCCUGCGAAUAAGACGAUGCUGAAUCCGCUGUAUGACAGUGGGGAUUAUCUGCACCUCAACCCGGCUGGGUAUGUAGCCAUGGCCCAGGCGGUGGAUCUGAGCCUGUUUGAGAAGUUCAAGGACGGCGUUGACGACGAAGUAUAA